AUGGGCGCCUAUCUCUAUGGGCGCCUAUCUCUAGGGGCGCCUAUCUCUAUGGGCGCCUAUCUCUAUGGGCGCCUAUCUCUAGGGGCGCCUAUCUCUAUGGGCGCCUAUCUCUAUGGGCGCCUAUCUCUAUGGGCACCAAUCUCUAUGGGCGCCUGUCUCUUUGGGCGCCUAUCUCUAUGGGCGCCUAUCUCUAGGGGCGCCUAUCUCUAUGGGCGCCUAUCUCUAGGGGCGCCUAUCUCUAUGGGGGCGCCUAUCUCUAUGGGCGCCUAUCUCUAUGGGCGCCUAUCUCUAGGGGCGCCUGUCUAUAUGGGUGCCUAUCUCUAUGGGCGCAUAUCUCUAUGGGCGCCUAUCUCUAUGGGCGCCUAUCUCUAUGGGCGCCUAUCUCUAUGGGCGCCUAUCUCUAGGGGCGCCUAUCUCUAUGGGCGCCUAACUCUAGGGGCGCCUAUCUCUAUGGGCGCCUAUCUCUAUGGGCGCCUAUCUCUAUGGGCGCCUAUCUCUAGGGGCGCCUAUCUCUAG